AUGCGAUUUAUUUCAUAUGAGAAAAGCAGUAAUAAAAGUUUCAUGUUUUACUAUAAACGCGUUUCGAUAAUAAGAAGGUAAAUAUUUACAUUAUUCUUAGAGUUUAGCUCUAAAUGUCUGCGUGAGCUUUUCGUUUUUUUCUUUGAUUUGACACUAAUUAUUUGUUGUAAUCAUUGGUAAAUUAUGUAGUUAAUUAAAAUUGAUGUUAAUGACGAACUAUUAAACUAACAUUGUAAAUAGUUAUCUUAAGUAAAUGCUUGUUUUUGAAAUUGUCAUGUAUUUCAUGUAAAACAAUCAUAUAAACAAAAUUUUAAUCUAUUAUAGUUAUGAUUCAUCUAAUUGCUUUUUUUACUCAAAUGUUGGUAUCAACGACUGAAAAAAUUAAAAUACUGUUUUUAUUCAGUCUCGCUAAAAAUAUUUGGUAAGUAAUAUCAAUGGAAUUAUCUCGAAAGUAAUUAAUUAUAUAAUUUUUAUUGCACUAAAUUAUAUAACUUAUUUUAGUGCCUAAUUUUAAAUAUAAUUUAAAUACAUCUUGACUAUGUAGUACAAUUUUUUUUUUCUUUUUUUUUCAAAGUUAUUUUCAUUAAUUCCAAAAUUAUUACAUCAGUUUUGUACUGCGACGUUGGAUGAUUCUAGAAUUGAUAUUGUCAGCAUGAGUAAUCGAUCGUCUUGUCUGAUGAUUUUUAUGAUUUGAAUAUUUCUAAAUCGGUUUACGAAAAAUCAAAAUCAAUUUAUAUCGCUUAAUGAUGUAUUUAGUAUCCUGAGAAUAACUUAUACGUGGCAUGUAUAUACAGAUUCUGAAAUUUCGUUCGAAGUUGUAAAAUUAGAACAUGUAUAAAUGUAAAUCGUACAACGAAUUUACUGGAAAAUACGUUUCGUAAAACAAUGAAUCAUCAUUUUUCUUUGUUUAAUAAUUUCUCUGUGCGCCCCCUAGCUGUAAAAAUAAACAUCAACAUGUGACAGCUCAAAGAAAAAGUACAUACAAUUAAAAAUUCUGGUUUGAGGAACAUACUAUUUCAAAAGUAAUAAUGUGCUGUAGGUAUCGAUAAAAUUUAGCACAAGAAUAGCCUUUGUCUCUGAAACCAAUUGGGCAAAGCAACGUCAUUGAUGUUAACGGAAUAUAAUCCAAUAAGCAUCUUCCUACAAAUCGUCUGACAUGUUUGCGCAUGAUCAGUAAGACUCACUGUCCCUGCCAUAAAAGGAACGCUUACUCUCUACUCAAUUCAGUUAUACUGCAACGUAUUCAGAGUGUCGUUAGGAAGAGCUUAAGACUUCUUGAAUAUUAAUUGAAAUUUCUGCUGUGUCAUAAAUCAUCCAAGGAAGGUAAUUUAAUAAGAAUUUUCAUAAAAUGGAUUAAUUAUCUCUAUUUUGAAUUUUUCCAAUAUAAAUAGGUAAUGCCUGAGUUUUGAAUUAACUCAUUAUUGGAUUAUAGAAUUAUUUUAUUUCUAUUUCUCUUUCGUUCCAAUUUUGUACGUAAUUAUGAGUAUUUGAGUCGUUAAAUACGUUCUUUUGGCAAAACUAAUAUAAGUCUUGAAUCAAUGUCAAUCACAGAAGUAAAAUUUCAAGUUCAUUUAUAAAAGAAUUUCGAAAGGUCAUACUUUUUAUAUAUAUAUAUUUAAAGCAUAUAUUGCAUCGGAAGCCUGCAAUAGUAAAAUUUUUAUUUAGCUAAUUGGUUGUUAAGUAAAAUUCAACAUUUUUAAGAACGUUAGUCAACGCUUUUGCUGCGUAGUAACAGAAGACAAAAUGGCGAUUAUUGAUUUUCCAGAACGAUAA